AUGGCUGAAUCUACUGAUAAAGUACUGGAUUCUCCCUCGUUGGAUGCCAUCUCAUUGGACACUCCUGCGAAAGAACCAAUGUCGUCGCCCAAAUCAUCCCCUAAAUCACCAAACUUUAGUGCUACUGAUUCUCAACAAGGACUAUCACCAUCUUCACCAACAUCGUCUCCUUUAUUAUUGGCUAUGGAUCAAAUAACACCUUUGACUUCAAGAGAUGAAGACUCUGCUAUAUAUUCAGAUUCAGAUGCUGGUUCUCAAACAAGCACCAUCGCUGCAAGAGGUCGAAAUUCUGCAUCUACAAGAGAUCAUAAGAAUAAAUCCUCCAAAACUGGAAGAAGUUCAAGUCGCAGAAGAAAAUCAGAUUCAAGUGAGAAAAGUAAUAGAAGUGUUCGUUCAUCAAGUGGUCAAAGAGGUGAUAAAAUAUCUACAACAACUAAAAUUUUCAGAAAUUUAUUAAUUUUGGAGGAAAGUCUACGACAACAAUCACAAGAUCAGAGAAUACUUAGAAGAAAAUUCACUGCAUUUCUGGCAGUAUUGGCUGGUCUAUCUGGAUUCUGUUUUUAUAGUUUAUAUGGAACAGAUAAAACUCAUUCCCCAUUUACCAAAGUUAUUUUACAAUUUUUAUUUUUCUUCAUUUUGGUUACAUUAGCUUUAUUCCAUUUAUCAGGUGAAUAUCGUCGUACAAUUAUAAUACCCAGAAGAUUUUUCACUUCAACAAAUAAAGGUUUAAGACAAUUGAACCUAAGAUUAGUCAAAGUUAAAACCCCAAUUGGUGAUCAGUUUAUUGAUAUCACAAGAGCUAUUUUGAUGUUUGUUGUUCAAUUGAAUCAAUCAGCUUUAAGUUAUACUGGGCCUUUACAAUCAACCAAGAUUGGAAAAUGGAUAAAAAGUGGAUUAAGAACUCUUGAAUUAAGAUCCCAACCAAGAGUUGGUGCAACAGAUGUUAAAUUAAUGUUGAAUCCAAGGGCAUUUAAUUCAGAAAUUAGAGAAGCUUGGGAACUCUAUAGAGAUGAAUUUUGGGCAAGAGAAGGAUCUAGAAGAAGACAUAGUAUAUCAGAAGAAAGUAAUAACGCUGGGGUCUUGGGUAAAGACAAAUUAAUGGAAAAACAUAGAAAAGAAAGAAAAGAUAGAAGAAAAAGCAGAACUGAUGAUAUAAAAUUACCAACUAUUCCAAACUCGGAAUUGGCUUCCAGUAUUGCUUCUGGGAUUGAUUUUAAACAGUUGAGUCCAGAGACUUUUAAUAUGGAAGCUCAUAGACGUUCAAUAUAG